UAGGUGCAACCGCCCGCUUACGGCGUUCACGACACGUUGGCUUUCUCCAACAGCAGAACAAGCAGACCCAUCUGGCCUACUGGGAGGAGAUGGCCUUGGAAUCCUCGAUCCCUAUCGAUAUGGAAGAGACGGCCUCACGCUCGGGGGCCAGAGACGCGUCGCCAUUCCCCUCCCGCACGCCUGAACCAGCACCUUACCCAUCCGUGAAUAACGGCUUUGCUCAACCGCACAGGCGUCAACCACCGACGACGGACUUGAGAAAUGUGGUUUCGGGCACCUCGCUAGGCCAGUUCUCCUUUGCACCCGCAACGCGUACCACCGUGGUGACUACCACGACGACCACCACCACCAACUUCCCUCCACUGGUGAUGAAACCACCCCGAGCUACCAGGGACCUUGACCCUAAGCUAUACCCGUUGGCCUCAACCCCGACUCCAUCGUCUCUGAGAAACAUUAAAUUUGAGAUGGCGGGAAGGUCGGUUAUAUUCAAGGAGCCGGAAGACACUCUCGGCACCCUGGAGGAGCUGAAGGGACAGCAUGACGCAUUGAAGGAAUCGAAUGGUACCCUGAAGUCAGUAACCACAUACAACCCAUCCCAUGAAACGACCCUGCCCCGACGAUCUGCGCCCCCUAGGCUCUCCCGUCAGUCAUCCCGCAAUUGCUCCAGCUCCAGACGCCGUCCUGUAUCUCCGGUAUCCAUGUCAGACGCUGCCUAUACUGCGCACGGUACGCCUGCCUUAGUCGGGCCUGGUUCUUACGCGUAUCGGGGGGGUUCCCGACACAGGAGCGCCAUCCAUUCGCGUCCUGCAACAGUUGGUUUGGCUACGCCAGAAACAGAACAUAGCCAAAUCAUCAGCGAAGGUUCUCUAUCUCGACGAAGGAUUCGUGGUGGUAGCUUCCAUCGGAAGGAAAGUCUCUUACGCUCCCCGCUAUCCACAGAGACAGAGCAACACAGAGCCAAGCCCACUCCGAAUUCGACUCAUCCUUCUGGAAAGGGAAAGGAGAACUUCCGUACGGAGAUCUCGGGCCCCGACGAAGAAAUAACCGAAACCCGUACAGGCUCCGGAGAGCAGAGCCUCCAGGUUGCUGAAGCUGGCCAUAAUGUAGAAAAUGACAUUGGUGGUCCUGAUCUCGUGCAACAUGAGGUUGUCGAGACAUCUGCGGAUGUCUCACAAGAAGGUCCUUCUGUCUCCACCUCGCGUCUGACAGCCAUUGAUAGUGCCGUCGCGCAGGAUAUGUGCUUACCGAGUCCGAGCCUCUCUCCUGUGACGGCAAUGAACGCACAAAAUGCAGACUCAUUCUUCGAUUCAACGGAAGAUCAGGGGACAGAUACCGACUCGAGUUUCGAGAACCAUAUUCCCGCCGCGUCCAAGUCACUGGGCGUGCGGGACAUCGAUGCAGUAGUUUCUCAGAGUGCCGUGGCUGAGAACUCGUUUGCAGCUGUGGAUGGCCCAAGGUCUACUGGUUCCUUGAUGGAUAUCCCCGUUAUGCUGAACUUUUUCGACUCGGUGCCAGAUGAGUUGAAAACUUACCUGAUGUACCAGUUCUUGAGACGGUGUCCCAAGCCAACGCUACACUUCGUUGCUGAUGUCGUAAACCCGGCUCUUAAGUGUGAUUUCUUGGCUCUUCUACCGCCUGAACUUAGCUUGAACAUUGUCAAAUAUUUCGAUGUUCAGACUAUGUGUCGAGCGGCACAAGUAUCGAAGAAAUGGCGACACAUCAUCAACUCUGACGAGAAAACCUGGAAAGAGUUGUUCGACAGAGACGGUUUUGUCCUUCCUGAGGGAGAACUGCAGCGGGCUAUCAGAGAGGGCUGGGGCUGGCAGUUUCCCAAUGGUGUUGAUGACUGGGAGAAGGACCUGAGUUCGACUGCAGUCUCAAGAGCAGGUUCCGAUGCAGCUUCUGUGUCUGCCAUGUCGAUAAUAGGUGGACCCAAUGACAGACAGCUGUUAGGCCCCUCCUCGUCCCUUCGACGUCCUAAGCGAAAGGCUGCGGCUCGAGGUGGAAGUCGCAAAUCAGCAAAGAGAAAGAUUUCUACUUCCGAGGGUGAGAGUGCAGAGACCAUGGACUGCUGGAGGGAUGUUGCUGCUACCGAGGGUCCAUACGCAGCAGCUAAUGCUGCGGCUGCCGCAGUGCCAUAUCCUGACGUUGGGUUGCCAUCCCUCAGGAGUCUCCAUCUUUACAAGUCGCUCUACCAACGACAUCACUCCAUCCACAAGAGCUGGAUGCGACCCGAUAUUAAACCGAAGCAUAUUGCUUUCCGUGCUCAUGAUCGCCAUGUGGUCACCUGUCUGCAGUUCGAUACCGAUAAGAUCUUGACCGGCAGCGAUGACACCAACAUUAACGUAUACGACACUAAGACCGGUGCCCUUCGAGCCACACUCGAAGGUCACGAGGGUGGUGUAUGGGCGCUGGAGUAUCUUGGUAACACACUGGUCUCUGGCUCUACCGACAGGUCUGUACGGGUGUGGGAUAUCGAGAAGGCCAAGUGCACGCAGAUCUUCCAAGGACAUACUUCCACGGUACGUUGUUUGCAGAUCCUUCUGCCAGCGGAAGUAGGCAAACGUGCCGAUGGCUCGCCUGAGAUGAUGCCAAAGGAACCAUUGAUCAUUACUGGUUCUCGUGACUCCAAUUUGCGCGUCUGGAAACUUCCGCAGCCUGGCGACCCGCAGUAUUUUCAGGCCGGUCCUCAUGCAGACGAUGCUGAUUGCCCAUAUUUUGUCCGUGUACUUACAGGACAUCAGCACUCGGUCCGCGCGAUCGCAGCUCAUGGCGACACUCUGGUUAGUGGAAGCUAUGACUGUACGGUCAGAGUGUGGAAAAUAUCCACUGGAGAGACGCUCCACAGGCUCCAGGGCCAUACUUUGAAAGUGUACAGUGUGGUUCUUGACCACGAAAGGAACCGUUGCAUCAGCGGAUCAAUGGAUAAUAUGGUCAAGGUUUGGUCUCUUGAGACCGGCUCUCUCUUGUACAACCUCGAGGGCCAUACUUCUCUCGUGGGACUCCUUGACUUGAAAUGCGACCGUCUCGUCUCAGCAGCCGCGGAUUCAACAUUGCGGAUCUGGGAUCCUGAAAAUGGCCAGUGCAAGAGUACGUUGAGCGCCCACACCGGUGCGAUCACGUGCUUCCAGCAUGACGGCCAGAAGGUCAUCUCUGGAUCAGAUCGAACGUUGAAGAUGUGGAACGUGCGUACUGGAGAAUGUGUGAAGGAUCUCCUUACCGAACUUAGCGGUGUGUGGCAGGUCAGGUUCAACGACCGCAGAUGCGUUGCUGCCGUUCAACGGGAUCACCUGACUUACAUCGAGGUUCUCGACUUUGGAGCUUCUCGAGAUGGAGUGCCGCCACAUCGUCUAGGCAAACGUAUAGUCGUCAAUCAGAGGGGCCAAGAAGCCAGUGAGGAUGACGACGAUUACGAUAUCUCCGAUUCGUGAGCUGUCUUUCAUAGUGAUGGCGUUGCGUACUCGCAUCCUGUUCUGGUGAUCAGCGGAUUCAUUGUGUCUAAUUUCCAGCGUCGAAAGAGACGC